AUGCCUCAGUCAGUCCCUUCUAAUUUGAUGGAGCCUCCUGUUCGAUCAUCAGUGACAGCAAAGAAAGGAUACACCACAUGCCCCACAGCUACUACCGUUCUAAACGGGCCCUCGAAACUUUCGGCAGACAAUUUGCAUUACCGAUCAAGCAAACACAUCUUGGAUGGCCAGCUUACUUCUUUACCGUCAACAUGCAUGUUAACCAAAUGGGCAUAUGAAACUCGGAAGGAAGAAAUAACAUUUGCAGAGCAGUUUCAGCAAAAGCAAAAUAUAAAAAACUAG